AUGCAUUUCAUCAUGAGCAACAUGAGAGCUGCGACCUUGGUGGCCUUUGCUGCCACUGCUCUGGCGGCUCCCCCUGCCAACCCAGCCCUGUGCAAUGCCAAGACUGCACCGAUCCAGAUUCGGCUGGCUUAUGCGGGUGAUAAUGGCAUGGCCGUCAGCUGGAAUACCAAUGAGCAGUUGGCAAACCCUACUGUUUACUUCGGUAAAGAUAAUAGAAAGCUCAACCGUUUCGCCUCUUCCCAUAUCUCUACCACCUACCCAACCUCGGCCACCUGGAACAACCAUGUUGUCAUCAAGGACCCCCGUCCCGCUGGUGAGCAGGUCGAGUUCAACUUCGCCAUGGUCGGCGACAUGGGUACCUUUGGUCCCGAUGGUCUCAGCACUACCGUCGGGAAGGGUGCUUCCAACCCUCUUUUGCCCGGUCAAUUGACCACCGUCCAGUCCCUGGCGGACUUCAAGAACAGCUAUGAGUUCAUCUGGCACGUCGGUGACCUUGCCUAUGCCGAUGCUUGGCUCAAGGAAGAGACUAGCGGAUAUGUUACUCCUCUUAACGAGACCGAUGGCGGUGCCGAAUACGAUAAGAUCCUCAAUGAUUUCUACAGCGAGAUUGAGGUUCUUUCAAGCACUCGUCCUUACAUGGUUGCCGCUGGAAACCACGAGGCCAACUGCGACAACGGAAGCAACAUGGACAUCUGCCCCCCUGGCCAGCUGAACUUCACUGGUUAUCGCGCUCACUGGAACAUGCCCUCCGCUGAGUCUGGCGGUGUGGAGAAUUUCUGGUACUCCUUCGACUACGGACCGGUGCACUUCGUUACCUUCAACACCGAGACCGACUAUCCCAACGCUGCUGACGAGCCUGGAGGUGAAGGAGCCGAGGAUGCUGGCCCUUUCGCUCCUAGCGGCACCCAGCUUGCGUGGCUGAAGAAGGAUCUCGCCUCAGUUGACCGCAAGAAGACCCCCUGGGUUGUUGCUGCUGGUCACCGCCCCUGGUAUGUCAGUGCGCCUGAGUGUGUCGAGUGUCAGUCCGCUUUCGAGCCCGUCCUCUAUCAGUACGGUGUGGACCUCGUACUUUCUGGCCACAAGCACUUCUAUGAACGCCACGCCGCUGUCUGGAAUGGUACCGCUGAAGAGAUCAACGCCGACCCCACUUACCCUUGGUACAUUGUCAAUGGUGCUGGUGGUCACUACGAUGGUCUGGACACUCCCGCCACGCCUUAUGUCUCCACUUCCCGUAAGGUCGUCUCUGCCUAUGGCUGGAGCUUGUUCACCGUCCAUAACAGCACUCACUUGACCACUCAGUUUGUUGCUAGUGGCAACAAUACCGUCCUUGAUACUGCCACUUUGGUCAAGAACCGCAAGUACUAG